AUGGGGCCGGUGGAUGUAGUCGUAGCAGCAGGCGCAGAGCUGGAAGUCGAAGUGGCAAGAGUCGACGUAGAAGACACUGGCACGCAGACGAGGUUCAGGCACCCGCAGCGAACAUUGUCACACACCUGGUUGACGUUCAAGCAAUCCGAAUCCGCCGUGCAGGGGAACAGAUCGGCGGGGACGAAAGUAGAAGUAGAGGCCGGCAGGAGAGACGAUGCAGGGAGGUCGCUCGGCGUUGGUGUCGGAGUAAUCACCAUUGAGGAAGAGCUGGUGGAAGGGGUGCUUGUGGAAACAUCGCUGGUGGAGAUAUCGCUCGAGCUGGGGGUUGCACUUGAUGAUACAGAGGUAGAGUCCGACGGCGUUGGGGUCGUGCUGUCGAUGGGGGUCGAGAUCAAAGUGCUUGACAGCUCGCUCGAGGAACUGAUAGGUGUGGAAUCAGACGACGAAGGCGUCGAGGGAGAAGGAGUGGAUGACGCGGAAGUAGAAGGCGUUCCAGGCGUCGUGGGAGUCUCGGUUCUCGAGGUAAUGAUUGUAAAGAACGACGAAGGGGUUGAUGAUGGCGACGAGGGCGAAGGGCUCAACACAGUCGAGCUUCCGGUCCAGCUUGCCGGCGUGGUGGAGACGCCCAGAGACGAGGUUCUGCACUUUCUCUUGGCCUCAGCCGUGUGUGAGAGAAGGGUGAGGACGCCAACAAGCAAAAAUGAUGAUACCAUCGUGACUAGCAAAAUGCUGGACUUGGUACUAAAGAGCGACGGGGUGGAACAGGCGAAACAAUGA